UGAACUAUAUAUCAUGAAAACUAAAAUUAAAAUAUCCCACAUGUGAGGUUAUGUUGAUGUCAAUAUAGGUGCGAAAUUCGAACAAUUAUCGCUUUUUUCCCUUGCAAACUCCUCCUAAAAAUGGAAGACUUCACUUGUCCGCGAUGUAAGACAUCGAAAUUCCAAAACCCAUCACUAAAAAUGAUGGUAAACGUUUGCGGCCACGGAUUAUGCGAAAGUUGCGUCGACCUGCUCUUCCUCAAAGGCUCCGGAAGCUGUCCCGAGUGCCGGAUUCCACUCCGCCGCAACAACUUCCGUGUCCAGUUAUUCGAAGACGCCACAGUUGAAAAAGAGGUGGAUAUUCGUAAACGCGUCUUGCGUGAUUUCAACAAAAAAGAAGAAGACUUUAAUUCGCUGGCUGAAUACAAUGAUUACUUGGAAGAAGUCGAAACGAUCAUUUACAACUUGACAAAUAACAUUGAUGUUAUUAACACGAACAAGAAGAUCGAGCAAUAUAAACGCGACAAUCGCGAACAAAUAAUGAAAAAUAAAGGCAAACUAGGAAGGGAGGAAUACGAACUUGAGGAACUCUUAGAGUUAGAGAAACAACAACAAGAAAUACGUAAACAGGAGAUAAUUAUUGAAGAAACUGAAAGUAAGAAGAAAAAAAUUCGCGAGAAAGAAGCACUGAUUGAUGAGUUGAUGUUUUCGAGUGAAAAUGCUAAAAAUAUCGUUGAAACAUUCGCCCAACAAGUCAAAGAAGCAAAAGAGGAGGAAGCUAAAGCCGCUCCUGCGAAAAAGACACAUUUCUCAACGGGGAUUCAAAUUGGAAGGCAGUCUCAAAGCUCAUUUUUGCCUGUUCCCAUAGAAGAGGGUCCCUUAUUUAUUUAUAAACCUUUGGUUUUGCAAAUUGAAGGUCCCAAGUUGCCAACAGAUGAAGAAAUCGUUGGUAUGGGAUACACAAAUCAUGUACGAACGGAAAAUGAACAAGAGAGAGCGGGUGGUUUCAAGUCCAAUAUUGCUUGUAUCAGGGCUUUGCAAGAUGCCUUCUCGGGGCUGUACCAUGUAAGAAAAACGCCAGUUCACUAAUUUAUUUUCAUGUUGGAGAAUAAAGUUAUCUUUCGUACAUUAAAA